ACCGAGGCGGCACCAGGCGCGGGGUUACCGCAGGCGAGCCGCAGCCGCCGGGCUGUACAGCUCAGCCGCCCGGCCCCGCCGCGGCAGGCAGCGGCACAGGCUGCGGCGCAACCCGGCCGGCGGCUCGUUGCUCGUCGCGGCUCCCCGAUGGCCAGCCCCGCGCUGGAGCUGGGAGAAGCGCAGCCUCCGCCCGACUCCCCGCAGCCCGAACCGGCCUUCGGCGAGGCGCAGAAGUGGAUCGAGCAAGUGACUGGCAGAAGUUUUGGUGAGAAGGACUUUCGUUCUGGGUUAGAAAACGGCAUUCUUCUGUGUGAGUUGCUGAACGCAAUAAAGCCAGGACUGGUCAAGAAGAUCAAUAGACUACCAACCCCCAUUGCAGGUUUGGAUAAUAUCACCUUAUUCUUAAGAGGCUGCAAAGAGCUGGGACUUAAGGAAUCUCAGCUGUUUGAUCCUGGUGACCUGCAGGACACCUCAAACAGAGUAACUGUCAAGAACACUGACUGUAGCAGGAAGCUGAAAAAUGUAUUAGUCACCAUUUAUUGGCUAGGAAAAGCAGCAAACAGCUGCACAUCAUAUAGUGGAUCAACCUUGAACCUGAAGGAGUUUGAAGGUUUGCUGGCACAAAUGAGAAAGGAAACAGAGGAUAUCGAGAGCCCAAAGCGCAGCAUUCGUGACAGCGGCUACAUAGACUGCUGGGACUCGGAGCGCAGUGAUUCCCUCUCCCCCCCGCGCCACGGCAGAGAUGAUUCCUUUGACAGUCUGGACUCCUUUGGCUCCCGCUCGCAGCAGACACCAUCCCCAGAUGUAGUGCUCAGAGGAAGCAGUGAUGGGAGAGGAAGUGACUCAGAAACUGACCUGCCACACAGAAAGAUGCCAGAUGUGAAAAAAGAUGAUAUGUUGGCGAGGCGGACCUCACACGGUGAACCUAAAUCAGCUGUGCCUUUUAACCAGUACCUCCCAAACAAGAGCAAUCAGACUUUCUAUGUACCUGCUCCGCUUCGGAAAAAGAAAGCUGAACGAGAAGAGUAUCGAAAGAGCUGGAGCACUGCGACUUCACCACUGGGAGACAGACCUUUCAGCAAACCUGAAACCAUAGAAGAAGAACAAAGUGAAACGUCAGGACUGUGUGAAAAGGAGAAAAUGGGUUCCGUGGCUCCUGAGGAAAGCCCUGUUAAAAUACAAGCAGAUUUGAAUCAAAAUGAAGGAAAUUCCAUAGACCAGUCUCCUUCAUGUAGUGUAAAAGAAACAUCAUCACUCAAGGGAAAAGAUGAAGCAGAGAUCAGAAAGUUAAGAAGACUUGAACAAGCUGGCAUUAAGGUCAUGUCAGCUGCCCAGCGCUAUGGCAGUAAAAAGCAAACACUGGAAGACAACGGAAGCACCCCAGACAUCAUCCUUCGCAAGGAAAACCCCUUCAUGACACGUUAUCAAGGGAAGGAUUCUGGUUCAGAAGAUGAAGCAGCAAGUAAAGUUCCUGAUUUAGAAAAGGAUGACUUUGCCACCCGGAGAGCCAGGAUGAAUCAGCCCAAACAUGUAGUUCCAUUUAACUCCUUUAUAAUUGGACCCUAUACACAGAAAGAUAAAAGUAAACUGGAAGGCAAUAAAAAGCCAUUGAAGGUGGAAAAGCAGGAACGUGCAAGAGGAAGCCAGGUGCAAAUGGCAUCAGCAAGACAGACAGUGACGUGCAAAGAGAACCCACUUCUGCAGACUGAGAAGAAUAAAUCAGAGGAGGAAGAGCAGGUGAAAGUAGUUGAUGCUGAAAGAGAUGAUUUGGCUAAGCGGAAAUCUCAGUGUGUCCUUCCUCAGCUACAAGAAGAUACGAUUUUCGUGAACACCUCUAUAACAAAAGCAGAUCUGGAAACAUGGAAAAGAUUGAAACUGUCAGGAGAGCCCAGUGAAGAAGAUUGUAAUUGUCCCAGUGACACUCCACCAGCAGCUGAAGUCACAGUGGAAGCAGCAGUCCAGGAUGAUUUUGCUGUCCGCAAAGCCAGAGCAAACAGAAAGGCUGGUAGCCUCAAGCAGAAGUUUGUGCACUUCGGGCCAGUAACUGAGAUUGAUCAGCAGAAGUGGGACAAGCUCAGCAUCGGCAGAGCUUCGCGCAGGUGUGAAGCAGGAGAAGAAAGCAAGAAAGACAGAGUAAAGGUUCACUCGGAUGUUGAAAGCUCUCUUCCAACCACUGCUGGCAGUCUCCAGCUUGCUGAGCACAGUGAUGCAGUAUCUAAGCCACAGAAUGAGCCCAGGGAGAUAGCACAGCCAGGUACAGAUGAAUGUUUCAGGAGCACGCCGUCACCUGUUGCUACUAUUGAUGUCAUCUCUGAGAAACAAGCCCUGUGCAGCUUGAACAAACAGCAAGAAAGCACCGAAGAAGAAAGCAAUGCACUUUUACCUGACAUUGAGAGAGAUGAUAUGUUGGUUAGAAGGAUGGGGACCUUUCAGAGGCGCACAACUAGCGCUGUUCCAAUACAUUGUCCUCCCCUGUCAGUAGCUCAGGAGAAGGAUUUGAAGACUCCACAAGCAGAGAGUACUGUAACACGAGAAGAGAGCCAAGAACAGCUUGAAAUCCCUCAACAGCAGAGUGGUGGAACAGAAAACAAAGUGAAGUUUCCAGACCCGCAAAGAGAUGACAUGUUGGCCAGAAGAACUGGAGCUUUUCUAAAACAGCCGGGGCCAAGUGUUAAGCAGUUCCUUCCCAUGCCAUUUUCAAAGCAGCAGAAUAAACAGGGCACAGCUAGAGAACCUGAAAAGAAAACUGCGAGGCCUGAAAAAAGUCCACAAGUCUGCAUUACUAGCUCUGGAAAACCUGUAAUUCUACCUCAACAAGAGCAGCAGCAAGGGCAGGAAAGUGGCAGUCUUCCUCCUGCAGGACAAGAGGAUACUGUGUGCCCUGCCCAAGUGGGUGAUCAUAGCCUUAAUGAAGUCCACCUGGAUGGAACAUCUAAGCUUCAGAUGGUUCCUGAGGAAAACAGAACUGAAACAUUGUCAUCCAAGGAAGAGCAUCUGCAAACAUUCGGCCCCAGAACUGCUGUGUCUGAUGACGCAGAGAGCGUGAGCAUGUUUGACAUGAGAAGCGAGGAAGAAGCCAUGGCUCAGCCUCACAGCAAAGCUCGCCAUGAAAAACUGCAGAAUAUACACAACCAGCUGAAAGAGGACGAGACCAGGUGGCAAGACGACCUGGCUCGGUGGAAGAGUCGUCGAAGGAGUGCUUCCCAGGAUUUAAUUAAAAAAGAAGCUGAGAGAAAGAAAAUGGAAAGAUUAUUGUCUGGAGAGGGAACAAAUGAGCGCAGAAAAAGCAUCAAAACAUACCGAGAAAUUGUGGAAGAGAAAGAGAGAAGAGAACGGGAGCUUCAUGAGGCAUACAAGAAUGCAAAGACCCAGGAGGAGGCUGAGAGCAUUCUCCAGCAGUAUAUCGAAAGAUUCACCAUUAGUGAAGCUGUUCUUGAGCGUUUGCAGAUGCCAAAAAUCCUGGAAAGAAGCCAUUCAGUGGAGCCAAACUCCCCACUGAAAGACCCGAAUCCUCUGAGAUACUUAAGGCAACAAUCUCUGCCUGCUCCAAAAUUCACUGCCACCAUUGAAGCAACCAUCGUUCCCACCACUGAAUUAGAGCCCAGUGGUUCGACAGGCCGCACAUCUCCCAGCAAAAGUGUUGUCUCCAAGGCUGUGCCUAUGCUGACACCCAAGCCUUACUCUCAACCCAAAAAUACACAGGAAGUUUUAAAGAACUUUAAGGUAGAUGGAAAAGUCAGCAUGAAUGGAGAGAAUUUCAACGGAGUUGAAGAGAAGGAUAAAGAGUGUACAACAGUAAUAUUUACUCAGUCGCCAAGCAGAUCUCUGAAAUUUGACGGAGUAGCCAGAGGGGACAGGCCCCCCAUAGAGUUGAAGAAGGACCCCACAAGUGUUGAGCUCAGUUUACAGAGGCCUGCCACUCAGAGUGUGCACAGAGAGCCAACAGCCUUGCCGGGGGAAGUGGAUUCGGCCACCAGCCAGCAAGCCGAGGGCAGCCCUGGAGAAGUGGGACACGGGAGCCCAGCAGACCUGUCCCCAGGUUCAGAACAAAAGCAAUUCAAGUCAACUGUAGUUCGUGCCAGCCCUGUUGUGAAGAGCUUAGAAUUUUCUCCUAGUCCUGUCCCUCCUGAGGAAACUGCUCAAAGUGAGAAAGAUGUGAAGAAACCUGAAAUGGAGAAGCAGAAGGAGGCAGUACUCCCUGCUAUGCAGGAGGUAACGAAACCAAAAGCCCUAGAGCAAGAAGGGAGUGUAGUAUUGCCCUUUUUGAAGAAACUGCCAGAGACCAGCCAGGUCACUCUGCAUAAUUCUGAUCUGCAAGAGCUGCCCCGCGGGGUCAUGGUUCCGCUCAGGGUGCGGAACGACUGGCGGCGCUCCCGGUUUUUCUCACAGUCAGUUGAUUCUGGCAGUAGUGACAAAUCAAAUCGUUUCAAUUUCUGGUCCUGGGACCCAGAAGAAGAGCGGAAGCGGCAGGAGAGGUGGCAGCACGAGCAAGAACGCCUGCUUCAGGAGAAGUAUCAGAAGGAGCAAGACAAACUGAAGGAGGAAUGGGAAAAGGCACAGAGAGAAGUUGAAGAGGAGGAGCGUAGAUACUAUGAGGAGGAACGUAAGAUAAUUGAGGAUACUGUAGUUCCAUUCAUUGUUUCUUCAAACUCUGCAGAACUCCUCUCCUCUUCUUCCUCUACCACUGAAGGAAAUAAAACAGCAAACACAAGUGAUUCAAAUGGCUCUCCAGAAGAAGGCAAACCAAAAGAAGUUACAAGGCAGAAAAAGCUGCUUUGGGAGGACAGUAUGCCAUCUCUGAAAAACAAGGAAAAUGAACACUGGCAAGAAAAGAGGAGCAGUGGAAAUACAGUGUUCUCAGGACACCCAGAGAUGGGUAUCUUGAAAGGAGGUGACCAGGAGCAUAAGGUGAUGGAGCGCUGCUCGCCUACCCAGUUGAAUCUGCCAUUGACUCAGGAUGUCCCAUGGAACCAGCAGCUGCUGAUGAAGCAGUCCCCGCACCGUGCAGAGGAUGCCCGGCAGAGACCGCUCCUGGGGCAGAAUGCAGGGCAGACACUGAACACCACAGGGGAAGGGAGGAGGGCAGGCUAUCAUGAGAACUUUCGAUCUGGGCCAUCAUCUCCCUGCUCACCUGCUGCACCAAGUCAGUCACCCAACAGGUACAAAAGGUCUGUCAGCGGAAAGAAGCUUUGUUCCACCUGUGGGCUUCCUCUGGGCAAGGGAGCUGCCAUGAUUAUUGAAACACUUGGUCUUUAUUUCCACAUUCAGUGUUUCAGGUGCGGCAUUUGCAAGGGACAGCUGGGAGAUGCAGCAAGUGGGACAGAUGUCAGGAUUAGAAAUGGUCUUCUGAACUGCAAUGAUUGUUACAUCCGAUCCAGAACUGCUGGACAGCCAACUACAUUGUGACAUGACUUUCAGUCCUAGUAACUUUCAAGAAGGAACUCUCUUCUCACGUGUAUUGGCUGCCUCCAGACAAUCAUUUGUAAGAGCUUGAAUUCAUGGACAUCGUGGCUCUCAUCUCAUUUUAAAAAACUCAUAAAAGUGCUGCACCUGCUCCUUUAAAAUGCAAUAUGUCAGUUUUUCCUUUCUUAAGAAAUCUGCAAAAUAUGUAUGACCAUAUUUGUUAAGGCAAAGCCUAAGUACUGUAACAACAACAACAACAAAAUCCCACCUUUUCAGGUAUGUUGAUGAUUUUCAGUCUCUUACUUUGUUCUUCUGAAAGUAAUAAGAAAAUAAACAUGCAAUAAAGCUGUUUUGUGUUAACAUUUCUAGGAAUUAAAAGUUUGAGUUUACGGAACCUUUAUAGAAUAUGCCAAGUUGAGAUGAGAAGUAAUUUUAAGAUAGCAUCUAAUCAGUGCAUUUGAAAAACUAAGCAUCACAGCACGACUGCUCUGUUAUAACUGAAGCUAUAACUUUUUUUAUACAGAGACUAGUUUGAUAAUACAUCCUGUAAUUCUGAGACAUUUUGUGUUUAUAUUACCUUCAGCGGAGGGUAGGAGUUAUACAAAUAAAUUAUUGCACCUUUAGCAAUAGGAUUUUUUGUUUGUGUACCUCAAGUAAUGUUCAUGACUAUAGCUUGAUAUUCUCUCAAAUAAAGAUUUCUUCAUUAAACCUAAA